AACCGGAUGCCACCAAAAUAUCGUCAAUAUAACAAUGUGCGAAAGGUAAGUCUCUUAAUACUGUAUCCAUGAAUCGUUGGAACGACUGAGCAGCAUUCUUGAGCCCAAAUGGCAUUUUACGGAAUUCAAAUAAACCGAAAGGUGUGAUCACCGCUGUUUUGCGUCGAUCUUCAUUUGCUAUGGGUAUGUGAUAAUACGUACGCGUUAAAUCCAGUACCGUAUAAAUUUUUGUACCUUCUAAUUGUUGCGUGAUGUCAUGAAUAUGAGGUAAAGGGUAUCUGUCGGGCUGAGUUCUGCUAUUUAAUCCACAGUAAUCUCCGCAUAGCCUGCAAUCACCUGUUUUUUUUCGAACCAUAUGGAGUGGAUUUACCCAUUCGCUCCUUGAUUCCUGACAGACUCCUUGUUUUAAUAAAAAAUUAAAUUCUACCUUAGCUGCUUUCAGCUUUUCCGGCGUGAGACGUCUUGGUCUUUCUGCAAUCGGUGGUCCUUUCGUCACAAUAUAAUGUUGUACUUGAUGUUUCACACUGUCAUCAUAAGACGUCUUGAAGUGACGUACGAUCCUGACGGCGUUCGCGACGACACCUCCAGGUCCCUUUUGGCCAGCCCCCUUGAAGCCCGGGUGGGGGGCAUGCCUGCGUUUGGGGGUCCUCGAAGACUAGUCGAUGCCCCGAAAUUUCCUUUACGAUCGAAGGAUCCGUUACUUCUAAUACUUCUAACUGAUUAUUCAUUAAAUAAUUUUGUACUAAUUUGCUACGAUGAGAACUACACACAACUUUAUACAACUUCACAUCACAUACGAUUGCACGAGAUACGUCACAAAAACAACUUUCCUCCAAUCGUCAACAAUACAACUAGGCCAAUCGGUAGAGAAUUAAAACAGCGUUUUGGUGACAAAAGUACUAAUAAAAGGGAUGCGUAGAUGAAUAGGUAUAUGUUUUUCACUCUCAACUCUGUUCCGUUUUCUUCUUAUAAACAAUUUAAUCCAAGAAAAUCUUGAUUUUUGUCGUUUUUUGCGUAUAAAUUUUAAAGUAAUAUAGCAAU